AAUGCAUUACACUUGGUGACACUCUCAAACAUAUGUUCUUCAGUCGUUCCUGAGACGAUUUCAAGCAACUGGCUUCUUGUCUUUCUGCAAGCAGGCUGAAUUAAGAGCUUAUUAUUUUUAGACUGGUUGUCAAAACAAGCUGGGAGCGGUAUAACUCAAGAAAAUUUGCAGAACUCCAGUUGAGUGUUGAGGAGAAAAUGAGAUCAACGUUUAUUCAAUCCGUCAUGUCUCACAUCUGCCUUUAUAUGAUGAUAAACAUCACUCGUCAGGAGGGCUGUGGCGAGAAGAGAACCGGAACAUAUGGUUCAGUUACCUCCCCUUAUUACCCGAACCAGUACACAGACUUUCUUAACUGCACCUACAUCAUCGACGCUGGAACUACGUUGAUCCGCCUUGUGUUCGUGGAUAUUGAGCUUGAGCUUGAUUAUGACGUAAUAAAGGUGUUCAACGCCGCUGGCAGUCCCAUUGUGACUCUGACAGGUCAGGAGUCUUGGUACGUCAUGAGGCCUUCCAACUACUACCGCCUGAAGUUCACCAGCGAUAUGUCUAUCCGUUUCCGGGGAUUCAACGCCACAUGGACCAUUGCUGCUGUCUCUGUCAAAGAAAGCCUUCAUGGCGCCUGUGGGUACAACGAGACGUCAGUGCGCAUGUCAUCAUCCGGGCUCACACUGGGUCACCUGGGGACGCUCACCUCAGACACCAUAUCUGAGUGUAUGUACGUCUGCAGGAUUGACGUCUUUUGUGCAGCUUUCUAUUUUGUUGACAAGAAUUGCUCUUUGUUUCUUAAUUUCAAGGGUGAUAACAUCCCCGCAAACAUUUUAAAGCUGAUGUAGAUGUGGACCUUGCUCUUGGGACUGUUCAGGGGAAGAAAGCAUAUAUUUGUAUUUAUUGCUACAAUCUCCAAUCAUUUGACUCAAGAACUUUUUCAUAUGCAGCAGCUUUUCU